AUGACUGUCUACUUGGACUCUUGGCACAAAUUUGAGGAGAGUAUUGGGGGCGUUCGGCCUGUCUUGAAAGGCACGGCUGAGGAGAUGCGAACCCAAUUCUCUGGGCUAAUUUCUUUUCUCGCAACACAAAGAACUCGAACUUGGGACAAUCUCAAUGUAAAAGACGAAAAUAUCAACGGCAUCGUGAUCCGAAUCUAUAUCCCAAACUCUUUCGAGGGAGAGUAUGCCCCUGUGGGGGUCUUCUACCACUCAGGCGGCUUUGUCGUGGGUGAUUUGGAUUCUGAAGACGAUUUUUGUCGCACAGUCUCUGCCGACGCGAAUAUUGCAGUUACCAGUGUCCACUAUCGGCUGUCUCCCGAGCAUAAAGCGCCUGCGCAACUCGAAGAUGCCCUGGCCAACUUUGAGUGGAUAUACAAAAACGCGAAGAGAAUCGGAGUAUGUUCCUCACGAAUGUUCACCAUUGGUACCUCCGCCGGCGGAGCAUUAGCACUGGCGGUUACUCGAAAGAUUGUCCUUGGCCAGUCUACCAUUCCCGCAGACACAGUGAAAGGCAUAUUCGCCCUCUGCCCGUUGGUUAUCCAUCCUUCGAAUGUUCCUACGGAGUACAAGAGUCUAUACACUUCAUUCGAAGAGCACAAGGAAAGAGUGCCCAUAAUCGACAAAGCAUGCCUACUAGAGAUGUACAAUUGUGCUGGCCUCCAGCCUAAUGACAAGAACUACUACCCGGUUUUAGAUCCCGAGAGCUUGAAAAGGUUUCCAUCAACCCAUAUCGUUACCUGCGAGAAUGAUCCCCUGCGGGAUGAUGGGAAGAUAUUGAGUAGUGCUCUCUCCGCUUCUGGAGUUGCUGUGGAUACAAAACACUUUGAUGGCUUGCCACAUUGCUUCUGGAUAAUUCCAUUUCUACCCGAAUCAGAAAUUCUUUCACAAGACUUAAUUAAAAGAGUGAAAGAGGCCGUCAAAGGGGUGUCUCUUAGUAUCAAUUGA